AUGAUUUUUGUGAUGUUGUUGGUGGUGCUGGUGGUUGCCAUGACGAUGAUGAUGAUCAUCAUCAACAUGAUGAGCAUGUUUAUUGUGAUGUUGUUGAAGGUGGUGUUUGCCGUGAUUAUGAUGAAUACGAAGAUGAUUGCGAUGAUGAUGAUGCUGAUGUUGAUGAUGCAUUUGGCGUUGUCUAAGAAUGGCACAGAGAUUCAUACGAAGUCUUUUGUCUCCAGAUAUUUUCGGAAAUCAUUGAAUGAUCUAAUGCAGAAGAUGUCAAACGCGAAUGCAUGGUUCGUGAGAUGCGUGCGGCCCAACGCUGACAAGCGAGCUGGUCGUUUCAGUACAGACCUGGUGAUGAACCAGCUGCGAUACACAGGGGUCCUGCAGAUCGCCCAGAUCAGACGGGACGGGUUCGCUAUCAGACUGCCCUUUUCUGACUUUGUCACGAGAUAUAAGGAAAUCGCCUUCCCUGCCGAAGAAAGCGUUCCAAGCAACCGCCAUUCAGUUCAGACAAUACUGGAAAAGGCCGAAUUAUCUGGAUAUGUAUUUGGCAAAUCAAAGAUAUUUCUACGCCACUGGCAAGGACCCGUGUUGCAAACUCGUUUAGAGAGACGCAGACGAGAAAUUGCCGAGGAGAAAGAGAAGCAGCGCAAGGAAAGAGAACGACGAGAGAGGCAAAGACUAGAACAUGAACGAUUACAGAGAGAGGAACUCAAAAAAGAACAAGAAAGAAGAAAGCUGACAUCGAGCGCCCGAGACGACCAGCGAGAGAGAAAUGGCGGGGAACAGUCGGGUGUGGCAGACGGCGAGACGAAGCACGUGUCGAUGGCAGACAAUAUUUCCGAGGGCUCGUCUGCCGCGCACAAGGUUCGGGAGUGGAUGAAGAUGAACGAGAAGGUAGAAGCAAAUGGCAGUAGUCCUGGCGAAGGAAUACAGCGUCAGGCGAACGGAUUUACGGCUAACUUCCCCGACAAAAACGAAGGCAGUGUUUUGGAUGCACAAGAUGAGCAGAGUAAUGCUCCAAAGACAGAAAUUCCCGACUCAGCCGCGUUAGACCAGAAUCUGUGGGACAGGUUUCAAAUAAUCCCGCGCGAUAACGUGGACACAUCCAAGAACCUGCGCACCUUCCUCAAGUUCUUCAAGUGUUUCUUUUACCUGAUUCUCAUCCUUCUCGUGCUCGGGUCCGCUGUCGCCAACAAACUCUCCAUCCUUGUGAUGACGUCAGGAAUAGUCCGGGAUCUGAAGACAGACGACCCGAAUCCUACAAAUACGAUGAUUCUGAUUGGUCUGUGCCUCCCGUACGUUCUCUGGUUCUUGAAUUACUCCGCGCGGUCUCUGUUCGGCAGCUCACACUGGCCUACAUUCAAAAUGAUCAUUUGUAUGUUGCUGAUCGAGAUGCUCCACAGUGCAGGUGCCUGCCUCAUCCUGUUCAGAGUACUUCCUCACACAGAUAUGCUGAGAGCGCUCCUCAUUAUGUCCUGUAUGUAUGUCGUGCCGUCCGUCUGCAAAACCGGCUCGGCGUUUUCCGACAAGUCGGUCUCCAACAAGAAGAAGCUGAUAAGCGGAACGAUAAACUCCGUGGCCUUUCUGAUUCAGGUCUCGAGCAUAAUAGUCUGCUCGCUGUUCGGUACCAUCUACUCAGACGCUGAUCGAGUUGAUCUUGUCGCGGAAACCAUGACAACUUCUGGCCAGGACGCUGUGUACAGGAAGGCGCCGUCAAGCUCGAGCAAUGCUUCAUGGGAACUUCCUGUUGGUCUUCUCCUGAUCUCGAUCGUCAGCUGGGAGAACUACAUCUCGAGGGACGUCCAGAUCGGACGAUUCAAGUUCCCCUUCAACAUGUGGAAGAAAAACCUGCAUCUGGUGAGACAGCAACUCUACAUCUUUGUCAGUUUGUGGAAGAUCGGAUGCUCCGUUCUUCUAGCCGUCGUCCUGUGCGAAAAUUUCAAAUUCACCAUGUCCUUCACAGGGGCAGACCACAUUGUUCUCCUUUCGCAGAACUCUUCUACUGGCGGCGACACGGCGACGACAAUGCAUUUCCUACAAUACGGUCCUCUGUAUGCGAACAUCCUCUCGUCUCUGUUGUGUUCCUACGUCAGUGGUCUAGCGUGCAAGCUGUGCAUGCAGAGGGUUGGUUUCUCUCUCCCCCUCGCGCUAGCUACUCCCGUGUCGGCAGCGUUCGUAAUGAUGCAGUGUAAAUAUAACUUCUUGUCGCUAGAUGGAACCUGCUAUUUCUGGGUUUGCCCUGAGAAGGACCAAUCAGAGCUCAUCUUCUAUCUGGUGAUGUUGGGUUUAGUGUGGUUCUCACAGAUGGUUGUCGUCUCUCACAUAUGGUUCCCAGGAUCGAGCAGAAUGGCUAAAAUAGAAAGACUGUUCAUAACCCCAAUGCGAUGCAGCAUGUUCACCGACCAGAACCUGAUGCUGCGGAGACGUCGCGACGAUAGAGACCAAGCUCUGCUCAAGUUCUGGGAGGAAGACAUGUCCCUCAAUGAUGACGGCGGGGACUUUGUCAGACCGGAAACAGUCAUCCCGCAGAUAUACGCAUGCGCCACGAUGUGGCACGAAACAACAGAGGAGAUGACUCAGUUGUUCAAAUCUAUAUUUAGGAUUGACAUAGACCACAGUGCUAGAUUCCUCGCCCAGAAGUACUACGGCAUCAAAGACCCCGAUUAUUAUGAAUUUGAAGCCCACAUCUUCUUUGACGACGCUAUGGAACUCUCCGAUGACGACAAACUUGUUCCCAACUCUUUUGUCUCCGACUUCGUGGAAUGUCUGGAUAAUGCUCUAAGUGCUGUUCAUGAGAGACAGAUAGUAUUAGGACCACCAACUAGAACACCGACUCCUUACGGAGGACAGCUGACCUGGACUCUACCGGGUGGCACGUGCCUGGUCGCUCACCUCAAGGACAAACAUAAAAUAAGACACAAGAAACGAUGGUCGCAGGUGAUGUACAUGUAUUACCUCCUGGGCUUCCGAAUCCUCGCCCAGCCUGAGAGUCUGCGGAAGAAAGGUGAAAGUAACUCAACCGGAAAUCAGUUCAUGGACUGCAUUCGUUUGACGACAUCACAGCUACGUCGCCGACGUCGGGCCGCGCAUUUCUCACGUAGCGUCCUCUUCAACUACGUGUCGGAGGAAGUGCAGACACAGGCAGAGAAUACCUAUCUUCUGGCGUUAGACGGCGACGUCGACUUCAAACCGGAAGCCGUUCGUCUGCUUGUGGACAGGAUGAAAAAGAACAAGAAAUGUGGUGCUGCGUGCGGGCGGAUCCACCCCACUGGUUCAGGUCCCAUCCUGUGGUAUCAGCUGUUCGAGUAUGCCAUUGGUCACUGGCUGCUGAAGGCGACAGAACACGUGUUCGGCUGUGUGCUGUGUGCUCCUGGGUGCUUCAGUCUGUUCAGAGGUUCUGCUCUCAUGGACGACAAUGUGGCCCGGAUGUACAGCACACGGGCGACAGAAGCUGGGCAGUACGUACAGUAUGAUCAAGGUGAGGACCGGUGGUUGAGUACCCUGUUGCUACAGCAAGGUCACAGAAUCGACUACUGCGCAGCCGCAGACGCCAUGACGCACGCCCCGGAGACGUUCUCUGAAUUCUUCAACCAGCGCAGACGAUGGGGUCCCUCGACGUUGGCGAACAUCAUCAACCUGCUGGGAGACUGGAGGAACACGGUUCGUCUGAACGACAACCUCAGCUCGCCGUACAUGUUCUACCAAUUCGCCCUGCUCGUGUCCACACUGCUCGGACCCGCCACCGUCCUGCUGAUGAUGGCGGGAGCCUACACCGUGGUUUUCAAGACGUCGAUCGUCCAAUCAUACACCAUGGCUUUGGGACCUCCCAUUUGCUACAUUCUCAUAUGCAUGUACCUCAAACCUGAGGUACAGCUGACGAUUGGCGCCGUGCUGAGUGCGCUGUACGCUGUGGUGAUGACUAUUGUCUUGGUGGGAACAGUUGGGACGGCCAUUGAAGGAUCCAUAACCAGCCCAAACGUCAUCUUCAUCAUUCUCCUGGUUUUCGUGUUCUUAAUAGCUGCGUUCAUGCACCCUGAAGAGUUCGGCUGCGUCAUUCCGGGAGCGCUGUACUUUGUGUGUAUUCCCGCCGGAUAUCUCAUUCUGAACAUCUACUUUCUGUGCAAUCUGCAUGUCGUGUCGUGGGGCACGCGAGAGGUUCCCAAGAGAAAGACAAAGGAAGACGUGGUCAAAGAGAAGGAAGCUGAAGAAGAAAAACGCAAGAAGAGUCUGCAGAAGAAAGGUUUCCUAGGUUGGUUAGGGAUCCAGUCCUUCAUGAACGAGAUCGGAGAGGUCUUCAAGCAGCUGAAGAUGAUGAUGUAUGACGCAUCGCAUGUGGAACGCCAGAAGGGCAAGUCGGAGGAGCUUCUGGAACAGCUCAUCAUAGAAAUCAGGAAAGACCGAGGCGAGGAUUGUGAGACGACCUUCACUGCCCGAACACGGUCAGAAUCUGCGGUAAGCAAACAGAGCAAAACCGCGUCUCAGGCGCCUCCAUUGACGACGGUUACCGUGGAAACCCCGAAACUGCACGAUGAAAUUCCGUCGUGUUUACUAAACGAAGACCCAGAUAACCCUGCGUGGAUGACUAGUCCCAUCACGGGAAACGGCCCAGUUGUUCUGCUGGACGAAAGAGAACUUGCGUUCUGGAAUCAGCUCAUCAGAAAAUACCUGAAACCUAUUGUGCUGGAUAAGGAGCAUCAGAUGAAAAUGACCUCAGACCUCUUAUCUCUGAGGAAUAAUGUAGUGUUCGGGUUCUUCAUGACCAGUUCUCUGUGGAUCGCGCUCUCUAUGGAACUGGAGGCGCUUCAGGGCGAGUUUCAGGAUUUUCUCUUUUUUCAUAUCCCAAGAUUUGGCAGUGAAGGAAACCCGCUGACCUUCCAGCCUCUGGGUCUGUUCUUUCUCAGCUUCUUUGCGACGCUCUUGUUCUUCCAGUUUGUUGGCAUGUUCGCUCAUCGUUGGGGCACGAUGCUACACAUGCUGUCGAUCACAGAACUCGUUUUUGGACAACAGUUUACCGAGCAGGACAAAAUCAGGGAUAUUAUUCUGAAGGUGAUAGAGCUGCAGAAGCUGAGAGAUAUCGAAAACGAGCCUGAUCCGGAUUCCGAGGAACCUCUGCCCGAUUAUAUUUCAGAGUCUGACGCGGAGAGUAGCCACUAUUCUGAGAGUAUAUCAAGUCAGGAGGUGCCUCCGUCAUACCACACGCAUGACGUCACGGGUCCGGGUCAUACCAUGCGGCGAUUAACCAGUAGAAGGAGGAAGGAGAUAUUUGACAGACUGGGUCAUCCUACUGGACAUACUCUGGCGAAAGUGUUUGAAAAGAGAUUCAGAAAUCGUCUGGAGAUUGACAGGCACGAACAUAUGCCGGGUGAUGUUAUUGUGGAGACAGUGGAUGAAGAUGGUAGGAGAUCGCCAGCUCCAGAUUAUAUGAAUUACUAACUGUAGUACACGACAUAACGAUCGGAAUACCAGAAGACAGUGUGCUAUUGGUGUAAAUAAUACAUCAAAAGCAUUUACAAACAACAUGCAGGUGUACAAUAUAUAGUAACGGUACAGUCUUCUGAUUAGUACUUCUGGUUGAAACGUCAGGCACGGAUCCAAAGGGAUUGUGCUGAGGUGCACACCCUCCCCACCAAAAUUCGAUUUGCCCCGCAAAAAUCCAGAUGAAUACAAUGCAUUUAUUGGUUUUUAUUGCAUACAAUGUAAUAUCUUGCUUAUCUUCGUACUUCUGUGGAAGAUCACCAUAUACAUGUAGAUAAUUAUAUGUUAGUGUACAUACUGUAGGUGUCCUUUUGAAACGUUAAAUCCAUUCCUGAAUACUGGAUGUGUCCUUUUAAAACAUUGCGCCGCUCACUAGAAAAAUCCUGCAUCCUCUCCUCAACCUACAGUUUCUUUGCUUAAAAUAUUAAUUUCUGGACAUCUGGUGUUUCGGGGUGGUGUAAUUUCUACAGAAGUUCAGGACAGUCGCUUGAUUAUGUUGGUGUGCUAAUUUGGAAUGUUCCUUAUAGAGAUGUAUCCUACUGAAUUCAGAAAACUACAAUUGAUCAUCAACAUAGGUUUUUACUUACAUCCUGACCCUGGCAUAGCCAGGAUUUUAUACUGGAAGGCGUCAUGCAAACUAAGAGUAUGUUGUAUCACAUUUUUAUAGGGGUUGUGAAAUACUCGAAACUAAAUGAAAACAAAAUUAAACUUAAUUACUUUAUUUUAAUUGCAUAAUGCGAAAACUAUCUAGUAGGUGCAAUAUGGGUUUUUAAAAUAUAAAAGGAAGCUUUUUAUGUCUAUUAUGUCUUUUAGUUGUAUGUAUAUAUA